CACUAGGAGUCAGCAUGGACACACUAUAGGAGUCAGCAAGGACACACUAUAGGAGUCAGCAUGGACACACUAGGAGUCAGCGCCCAGUGUAAAGUACGACAGUGUUCUCAAUGUCAGGGUGAUACAGAAUUCUACUGUAACACGUGUAAACAUGACCUGUGUCUACAGUGUAAAGAGAGACAUGUUAUUGAUCUAGAUACCAUAUACCACGAUGUUGUGAUUUACCGUGAGAAGCAUGAAUACAUUCUGAAACAAGAGACCUGUGUGAGACAUCCAGACAUAAUCUAUGAAAUGUUCUGUCAUUCUUGUGAACUUCCUGUUUGUGACAAAUGUAAAGAACACAGAAAUCAUCAAAUACAGGACGUUAGAACAGCUUAUAUAUCAAACCGUCAAAAACACAGAGAAAUCGUUCACAACAUCAGAAGUGAGACUCUUUAUAACAGUUGCUGUGUCUUGGCUGGAAUCAAAACUGAUUUGAAAGCUUGUCAUAAAGAAAUCUGCAACCGUCAGUCAGAGAUGUUAAUAAAAGCCCAGAAACUAAGAAACCUCAUAUACACUGUGAUGUGUGAUGUAAAAAUCAGACACAAAAGAUUUAUGUAUACUUUACAACAACAGAGGAGAAAAAUAAACAAACAUCUUGCCAGCAUAGAAAACUUUGAACACAGAUCUGACCAGUCAGCAAACAGACCGCUAGAAUUCCUCAUAGUCCUAAAAAAAAACCGUGUACACAAGAUAAAGGACACUCCUAAUCUCACACAAUAUGCCCUGGUCUGCCUGAAUGAAGAAAUCAACAUGGAGGAUGUAAUUGAUUUAGGUGAAAUCCAAAUCCUAGAGAAAGGAAAAAGAAAAGUAAGAAAUGAAUGUUUGCUGAAACUGAUGCCUUCGUCCAAGUUACACAGAUCUGUCACAAUGACAGGUGAAAUAUAUCAUAUUUCUGGUGUGACACCAGACCAAGUGUGGAUCAGUGAUGGUAAAAAUCUUUUCUUGAUAAACAAAGAGGGUGACAUUCUACGUCAUCUGACAGAUGUAAUUAGUGUGUGGGGACAACACACAGUGAACCUUACCGGUGAUCUUAUUUAUAUAGACCGGUAUGAAAAAGUUAUCAAGCUCUCUAAAGAUAACAGAACGAAGUCCACACUGAUAAAGAAAUCAGAAUCAUGGAUACCACAGUGUGUCUACUCCUCCCACUUCAAUGGCGAUUUGCUGGUCGGGAUGCAGUCCUAUAAAAAAGGCAUAAUAACACGUUAUAAUGACACAGGACAACACAAACAGACAAUACAGCAUGGAAACACAGGUCAGGAACUGUAUUCUGAUCCUAUCUACAUCACAGAGAACCGCAAUGGAGAUGUUAUUGUGUCUGAUAUUGAUGGUGAUCAUGGCGCUGUAGUGGUGACAGAGCGUGGAGGAAGACAUCGCUUCUCCUACACAGGACCUCCAUCAGGAUCACAACUAUUUCCAUUAGGAAUCUGUACAGACGGUUUGUCACACAUUUUGGUGUGUGAUGGUAUCACCAGCACAGUACAGAUGCUUGACAAGGACGGUCUCUUCCUGUCACUGAUACUGACACGACAGCAAGGGAUAAACGGACCUAUGAGCCUGAGUUAUGACGAUAAAACUCAUCUUCUCUGGAUUGGACGAUGCUACGGGGAAAACAGAGUGUGUGUAUAUAGAUACAUAGAGAGGCAGGACUUUAAGCUUGCUGUCCUUCCGAAUGAGACCAAUUACAUCAUGCAUUUACGAUUCAGCGCCCAGUGUAAAGUACAACAGUGUUCUCAAUGUCAGCGAGACACAGAAUUUUACUGUAAAUCAUGUAAAUUUGAUCUGUGUCUGCGAUGUAAAGAAAUCCAUGUUAUAGAUCUGUGUACCAUGUACCAUGAUGUUGUGAUUUACCGUGAGAAAUAUGAAUACAUUCCAAAACAAGACAUCUGUAUGAGACAUCCAAACAGAGUCUGUGAAAUGUUCUGUCACUCAUGUCAACUUCCUGUUUGUUUCCAAUGUACGGAACACAGAAAACACCAAAUAUUGGACAUUAGAUCGGCAUAUAAAGCAAACCGUCAACAAUACAGAGAUAUCAUUCACAAAAUCAGAAGUGAGACAAUCUACAACAGCUGUUUUCUCUUAGCAGGAAUUAAAACUGAUUUAAAAUCUUGUAACACAAAGAUCUCCAACCUUCAAUCAGGGAUGUCAACAAAAGCCCAGAGACUAAAGGACCUCAUUGACACUGUGAUAUGUGAUGUUAAAAUUAGACACAAAACCCUUAUUCAUAGACUACAACAACAGAAGAGAAACCUUGCUAUCAUAGAGAACUUUGAAGACAAAUUUGAACAGUCACUAAGCAGACCUGUAAAUUUUCUCCUGUUCCUAAAAAAGCCUCGAGUUCCAAGGAUGAAGGACUCUCCAAAUCUUACACAACACCGCAUACUCUCUCUGGAGGAAAUCAACAUGGACGACGUGAUGAAGCUAUUGAGUGAAAUCAAAACAAUAGAGAUAGGAAAAAGACAAGUAAAAAAUGAAUCUCUACUGCAAAUGAUUUCUAAGCCCAUGUUACACAGAUCUGUCACAGUGAAAGGUGUAAGUAGUGUAACACACAUUUCCUCUUUGACGCCAGACCGGAUAUGGAUUAGUGAUGGUAGGAAUCUCAUCUUGACAAACUCAAAGGGUGACACACUGCAUCAUUUGACAGAUAUAAAUAGUAUAUGGGGAGUACACACAGUGAACAUGACUUGUGAUCUUAUUUAUAUAGACAGUGAUGGUAACAUAAACAAAAUAUCCAAAGAUAACAACACAAAAUCAUCUCUAAUUAAGACAACAAAUCAGGAUAGGCCAUGCUGUGUCUAUAGCUGCCCCUCCAAUGGGGAUCUACUGGUCGGGAAGCGUAGUAAGGUUACAAGGUAUAAUGAAACAGGGCAGCACAUCCAGACAAUAAGAUAUGACAACAAAGGUCAGCAAAUGUAUAGAUGGCCUAGAUUCAUGACGGAGAACAACAAUGGAGAUGUUAUUGUGUCUGAUUUACGUGGUAUUGUAGUGGUGACGGAACGUGGAGGAAAACAUCGCUUCUCCUACACAGGACAUCCUUCAGAAUCAAGACUAUAUCCACAAGGAAUCUGUACUGACGCACUGUCACACAUCCUGGUGUGUGAUGGUUACACCGACUCAGUACACCUGAUUGACAAGGACGGUAACUUCCUGUCACUGACACUGUCAUUACAACCAUGGGUAUACCGACCACACAGCCUGAGUUAUGAUGAAAAAAGUCAUCUUUUCUUGGUUGGAUUAUGGAACAACAACAGAUUGUGUAUAUUCAGUUAUGUAGAGAGAAAGAAAUAUAUAAAAGGUCAUUCUAUUUAG